UACUAGAUUUGUUUUCAAUAUUCAUGCAAUCAUGCACCGCACGGUCCUACACACACACAAACAAUGCACACAGUCUGCACACAGUGAUGCACUCAUACGGCUACCAACACAAACCUUAGCAGCCAGUCGUGCCGCGAAGGCACAAUGUAAAGUCUAACUUUGUCAAAACAACAAAGUGCAGGGGUCGAUCGGGGUCGGUCAGGCGUCGCGUCACACGGGUUCUCGUUUCGAAAGAAGGAAAUAUUGACCUGCGCAUGCCCAGAAUCUAAUAUGUUUCUGGGCGACGCCAUGAUGCUUUAAUUGCACAGCUUACAACGGCUCUUUGCUGCGCCACAACCUACGCUAACAAUUGUUGUUGGAAGGACAUAAUUUUGGACGAUAAACAGCCAUACCCUUUUUCGGCUGCGUAAUCAUGGCGAUUCUGCGGAGAUGCUGCUGCUGGGACAAUGUUCGGUCCGGAUCGAUGGCAGCAGGAAUAUAUACGCUGAUAUACAACGCAUUGUCUGUGGCAGUAGCUGCUUAUCAGAUCGCGAAGUCUAUGGAAUCUUCCUAUGGGAAUAAUUCAAACAUCCAGGACGAUAUGACCAUCGGAUAUUGCAUUGGCUUGGGCUUCUUGGGCCUGCUCAUCAUCUCGUCCAUACUGCUGCUAGUGGGAGUCGUAAAGGACAAGCGCGGCUUUCUGCUUCCAUACAUGGUCAUGUUGCCCUUGCAGAUACUGAUGCAGAUCAUCGUUUGCAUCCUCAUCAUCUAUGCCCUGGCUACCGCAUCUCACUCUCAGUAUGAGAUGCCCGACCUGGACCGCCAGAUGACCGCUCCCAUGUUCAUCACCGCCUUUCUGAUCUCCAUGCUCAUCGCCAUUUUGGGGCUCACCAUACUCAACGUGUUUUGUUUUCUGUGUGUGGUGUCUCAGUACACGGAGCUGAGGGAUGGGCGUGGCCGUCUGCAGAACGUGAAUGCAGACAAGCUUUCAAUGAUGGGGUACAUGCCACUACAAGAGCAGCAUCAGCUGCAGCCAAUGUUACACAAGCCAUCGCAGCAGCAGCAGCAGCAGCAGGGUGAUUACUUGUCCAAGCCCUACACUGACUACCCCGAGAAGGACCAACCACCUACAUAUUACCCACAGGAAGAAGUGUAAAGACCUGCUGUGUUUCCUCGUCCCCACCGCAUAUCCAAGGGUGUUUGUGACCUCUAAUUUCUUUGAGCUCUGAUUGGAUACAUUUUGUUCAGCUAGUGGCCCAUGGGUCGGGACUUCCGUGCACGUGACACCCCCCCCCCCCGCGCAAGAAAUACACGUACAUUGUUAAGGGCGAGUAACCUAUAACAAUACUAGACCAUGUUACCUGAUGUGAGUGUGACGUCAUACUAUAGCGGCAACCGACAGGUUGUGCAUGUAAUUUGCCCACUUAAACUGAUUCAAGACAAAAUGAAUAUGGGGAUAAUACGGAGGCCUGUAAAUGACGGUUUGGAUUCUCAAAUACUUUCAACGCUGGCAUAUCGUUUAACCACAGUAUGGCAGCACCUGUUUUGGGUUAUAGUCGCUUAUUUUUUUGUUUUGGCAUGUCUUAGAUAUUUCACCUAACUAAACGUUCAGCUUACUCAGACGUAUUGCAUAGAGCAUUUUCAUUAACUUUGUGUAAAUAUAUUUACUUGCAUACAUGGGUAAAGAUGCAGGCUAUUUUUGUAUAAUGUUGAUACUUGUGUGAAUAACAUCUAAGUAAACGGUCGGUUUUGUAAGAACCUCAAGUGUUUAUAAUUUUGGGACAAAUAUAUGUGCUGUGUACAUGUGCAUGAGGUGCAGUCACUUUUUACAGCGUACGGUGCAGACUUAUGUUUAAUAGAAUUCCAUGUCAGGCAGGAUGCGAGCAAUAUGUAAAUAAAAAACAAUAUCUAUGUACUUAAAAAGUCAAUAGAAUAAUCAUGAUUUUUUUUUUACCAAACCCUACAAGCCUGCCAAAAAAGAUUGGAUUUGUUUGUUGAUUAAUACAAACAUUGAUCGAACAUUUUGGUACUAAAUUAUUGUAAACACAAGCUAGUGAGGCAGUUUUAUAGAAACAUCUCAGAGACUAAUUUUCAUUGUUCUCUUAUUUUCAUUAUAACAAUGUCAAAUACUGCAGCUUGCCUUUUUUGCACAAAGGAAGAUUUUAUCAAUAUUAGUAAGUGCCUAUUGGAGCUCUUGUGC